GGAAUUUCGUCUGAUCUUUAGUUGGCAUGCCUGCACGCGCACAGGAAGUGGAAUUUCAGCAAGGUGACGACUUUUCCUUUAAAAUUGUGGUGUCGAGAGGACGCAAUGGGUCGAUACUCCCACGAGCCGGUCAACCAGACCAAAUCGUGCAAAGCGCGCGGCUCCAAUCUUCGCGUGCACUUUAAGAAUACCCAUGAGACGGCGCGUGCUAUUAAGUGUAUGACUCUACGAAGGGCGCAAAAGUACCUGAAGAAUGUCAUCGAGCACAAGGAGUGUGUCCCAUUCCGCAGAUUUAAUGGUGGCGUCGGCAGGUGCGCUCAAGCCAAACAAUUUGGCACCACGCAAGGUCGAUGGCCUAAAAAGUCUGCAGAAUUUCUGCUGCAACUUUUGAAAAAUGCGGAGAGUAAUGCCGAUUACAGGGGACUUGAUGUGGAUCGCCUUGUGAUUGAGCAUAUUCAGGUUAACCACGCACCUUGCCUUCGUAGAAGAACAUACAGAGCUCACGGUCGUAUAAAUCCUUACAUGAGCUCGCCUUGUCACAUUGAAGUAAUCUUGACUGAGAAGGAGGAUGUUGUUGCAAAAGCCACUGAAGAGGAGCCAUCGAAAAAGAAACUUAGCAAGAAAAAACUCGCUAGACAAAAGGAAAAGAUGAUGAGGGAAUAAUUUCACUACUUUAUAUGGACAUAUACUGUGAAUAUACCAUUAAAAAAAUGAAGAUUGCUUACGUUGGUAUUUGUAGUCGAUUCUUAUAAUAAAGAACAUCUUAAGACGAUAGCCUUAAGACGUUGUAAACCAAUUACAGAAUCAUAUAAACAUUUUAAAGUCAUUACUGAAGACGAUCUUGAAAUAAGAUUGGACUAUAAAUACCCAUUGGUCUUCA